CCAUGAAUAACCUUCAAAUAACUAUUGCUCGUGUAGAAAUGUUUGUGUUGUGUAGUGAAGAGUUUAAGUGCUUAAGUUUAAUUUGCAAAACGACUCUGACAUCAGCUUUCCUUAAUGUGUGAAGAUAAUAAUUUAUAAUUUGAGGAAUCACAACUCGAAAAGAUACGAACUGAUUUCUUACAGUUGUGUUAAAACUCUAAAACAUUGCCUGCAGUUGAAACAUCACUCCACUAAAACAAAUUUUGGACCAAAAGUACUGAAGAAAUUCUAGUUUAAUUUACUUAAAAUGCUUAAAAUUUUUAAAAACACACUAAACAACAAAUAUACGACUAUUUCACUCUGAACCUAUUAUUCGCAUCUCAAAAGAUAUUUACUAAACUGAAAUCGAAAAUAUGUUCUUAAUUUAAAUUUAUUUUCAUCGGAAACAUCUCAACUUUCGAAUAAUCUUUAUUACAUAACAGCAUAAAAUAUUGCCAAGUCAUUAUAAUAAAUUAAAUACACAUAUGACGAUGUAAUAAAUCCGCUCUUGCUUCAUAUGUAACAUUUUUUUUUUCAUUAAGUUCAGGCCGAUUACUUUCUUCUCAAUAUAAGAUUAUAUUAAUCAAGAAAUUUUUAACUUUAGAAGAACGAGUAAAGAUAUUGCAUGGUUUUCAAAGUCCACCAAAAAUGCGUCCCACAGAGAGUAUUUGUUUGCAUGAUGUCCUUCAUCGGUUUGACUAUUAUGUAUAUGAUGCGAUUUUCCUUAUCUCUGACGUUGACUUUCAUAGCACUUCCCAAGAGGUCAAAAAAGUCUGUAGAAGGCAGUUGUGUAAAACCAUCUACCAAGAACGAGACCAGUGAACACAGGGAGGUGCUAUUCGAAUGGGACGAAGGAAUGCAGGGGCAGCUGCUGGGUGCCUUCUUCUACGGCUACGUCCUGACCCAGCUGCCGGCCGGGAUCAUAUCCGACCUGUUCGGCCCCCGCAGGGUGGUCUUCUGGUCCGGCUUCCUCACCAGUUUAGUCACCAUUAUUGUCGGCCCAGUCACCAACCUCUUGGACUGGACGGGCCUCUUCAUCAUUCGCAUCCUCACAGGGCUAUUUCAGGGUGCAUUUUAUGCUUCACUUCAUGCAGUCGUUGCAAUAUGGGUCCCAAAAAAUGAGAGAGGCCGACUUGGAACUUUUGUUUUCGUUGCAUCAGUUUUGCCAAGCAUUGGUCUUCUUGGUGUCAGUUAUUGUGAAUGUAAUGGAACUUGUGCCUUCGUAUCUUUAAUCGUCGGAAUGGGAGCUAUGGGGACUUUCUAUCCUUCCCUCAAGGUGAAUGGAAUUGAUCUUUCAACCAACUACGGAGGCACCGUUGGUUCGACUAGCCAUUGGCUAGGCACUACAGCUGGUGCCCUAGGACCUCCGUUGAUUGCUGCUUUGGCUCCCGAUUAUGCCCUGGUUUAUCCGGUGGAGCUUACUGAUACCAUACUGAUUUUUCGAGAGAAUCGACUAGUACAACAGGAAGAAGUCAAUAGUACUGAGGUGGAGCCUCCAGAUUACGAAGAUUUUCUGAAUUCUACAAUAGCUCAAUACAGAGUUGUCAUGUGGUUGUCCUUUGUACUUAUGACAGUUACCAACAUCUUCUACCUACUGUUUGCAAGUGCUAAUGUUCAAAAGUUCAAUAAUUAUCAACCGAAGCCACGAGCUUGAAGAUCUCCACGAAAUAGCAUAAUGAAUUUUAUAAAUAUAUGUAUAUACCUACAUAUAUGUA